AUGGCAUCGGCUUCGCCGCCUAAGCCAUGGGAGAGAGCCGGUGCUAGUGCUGGUGCAGCGGCUGCCGCGGUUUCAGGCCCUCUUCCCAACACUUCUGCUGCGACCACCUCUACCUCUCCCGCAACGACCACCUCCGCUCCAGAUCUCCCCUCACGACCUAGCUCUCUCAAUUCUGUCGUUAGCCAGACAGCCUCAAAUUAUUCCCCAUACGGCACGUCACGUCUGGGCCAAAGUCCGUAUGGGGGUGCAUACGGUGGCUACAAUAGUUACACGUCACCAUACUCGCGACUUGGGGGUAUGGGGUCGAUGUAUGGCGGAUAUGGUGCGGGAUAUGGUGGUAUGUAUGGUGGCAUGGGCGGUAUGGGUGGAUACGGUGGCAUGUAUGGCGGCAUACCGCCAGGUGGAGACCCAAACAGCUUGACAAACUCUUUCAACCAGAGUACGCAAGCCACAUUCCAACUCAUCGAGAGUAUUGUCGGUGCAUUUGGAGGUUUUGCGCAGAUGCUGGAGAGCACCUACAUGGCAACUCAUAGCUCUUUUUUCGCUAUGGUGUCCGUUGCGGAGCAAUUUGGCAACCUUCGAAACACUCUAGGCUCCGUUCUGGGCAUCUUUACCGUCCUCAGAUGGUUCAGAACCCUCAUCGCAAAAUUCACUGGUCGCCCACCUCCUGCGGACGCCACAUCACUCACCCCGUCUGCAUUUGCCGUUUUCACGGGAAAAGGCCAAAUGCCAGCAACUCUUCCUGACGGUUCCCCAGCCCCACCCCCUCAUCCGCACACUCGCCCGCACGCAAGAACUCGAAGCCAAACGCAUGAUGAUCGGCCCGAACGCGAACCGCUCCCAGGCAAUCAACAACAAAACGUCAUCGAUCCUUCGAAGCUCGACUUCUGCCGGGUCAUGUACGACUACACACCCGAAUCCCCAAACACCGCCGGGGUCGACCUUGCCGUGAAAAAGGGGGAUCUUGUCGCUGUCCUCAGCAGAUCGGAUCCCAUGGGGAACCCAUCGGAGUGGUGGCGAUGCAGGGCCCGUGAUGGCGCCGUCGGUUACCUCCCAGGCCCUUAUUUGGAAACUAUCCAGCGAAAACUGCAGCAGCAAGCUAUCAUGGCGGGUGCUGAUGCGUCUGAGUCUGUGUCUGCUCCAUUGCCUCUAGCUUCGUCGAGGAAUAAUACUGUGCUAGGCGCCACGGGUUCUGCUGCUGACGAGCAGCUGAAGCAGAGGGCAAACAGUUUGAAAGCUACCUACACUAAGCCCGCCCUUAAGGGCAAGAUGGGAGAUAUUUCUCCUGAGAGUUUCCAGAAGAGCACCUUCUAUUCCUGA